UGUCCGUCAACGGUCAGUUUCAGCGCAAGCUCUCUUCUCCCACUCUCUCCCACGUUUUCUCGUUUCUUUUUGAUACUUGGAAAAAUGGCCGCCGCGAUCAAGGCAAUCAAUGCGAAGAUCCGCUCCAACAAGGUUCUGGACUAUGUCUGCUCGACCCACUUCUGGGGCCCGGUCUCCAACUUUGGUAUCCCCGUCGCUGCUGUGAUGGACACCCAGAAGGACCCUGAAAUCAUCUCCGGAACAAUGACCGGCGCUCUCACCAUCUACUCGGCCACCUUCAUGCGCUAUGCCCUUGCCGUCUCGCCUGCCAACUACCUCCUCUUCGGCUGCCACCUUGUCAAUUUCUCUGCUCAAGCUACGCAAGGUUAUCGGUACUUGAGCUACUGGAACUGGGGAGGCCGGGAAGCUCAGCUUGCUGCGCGCGGUGCGCAGACGGGUAAGGAGGCUACUGAGGCUGGGGCAUAAAAGUAAUGACGGGGUAUUAUGGUUUUGAGUUUGUUUUUAUAUAGUUGUAUAGCUUGUAUGCAUGCAUUGGUUUCGGUACUUGUUGAACUGUGAGCCAUUUAGCAUGUUACGUUGGAGAUAUCCUCAAUUUAGCUGGACUAUAAUGGAUGGUAAGUGAACAGAAUGAUAUAUCCAAUGGAGAUAACUAAACAAACAAGAGUAUUCUAAAAUGCAUUCUGUAUUGACUAUUGGGACAUUCUAACAAGCCAUUCUACCACGCAAUGCUCAAAAACACAAACCAAAGAUACACAAAUACACAAACCGUCAUAU